AUGGAAGAGGAACAAAUGAGAUUUGUUGGGUUAGUAAGAAAACAAGCUACGGCGUACGGAAGAAUCAUUGUACAGCAUCCACUGCAUUUUGCACCAAGAAGUACUCUGUGCAAAGGCAGCAAAACUGGAGCACGUCAUGCAAGUGGUUAUUUGAGAUCCCACAGGCUUACACAUAGACAGUUUCACACAUAUUUAGCUGAAAUUGGGGAAGAAUACAGUGACAUACCAUACCAAAGUGAAAUCCGCUGGCUUAGCCGCGGUAAUGUACUCAAAAGAUUUUUUGAGAUGAGAAUACGAAUAAAUCAGUUUUUAAAGGACAAAGGAAGAUACGACCACAAGUUAGAAGAUCCAGAGUGCGUUGCCGACCUUGCAUUUUUAGUUUACAUUACCAGACACAUGAAUGCAUUGAACACAAGUUUGGUAGGAGAAAAUCAGCUGAUUUGUGAAAAGGCGCAAGCUUUCACUUGCAAGCUUGAGCUGUGGGAACGACAGCUCACGCCAGAGAACGCAGUGCAUUUCCCUGCUCUGUCUACUGUACGAGAACAGAAUUGCAAAGAAUAUGUUUCCGUACUUAGUGCAAUAAAUCUUCGUUGA